AUGACCGAGGUGAUUAUUGUAGGAGCUGGAGUCCUUGGGCUCUCAGCAGCUUUUGCAAUAGCAGAAAACGCGGGUCCAUCUGUGAAAAUUACCGUUGUUGCUGAGCAUGACCCAGAAUCUACUCCAUUUCUGCCCAAAUACACUUCACCUUGGGCUGGGGCUCAUUUUCGCCCGUUCCCAUCAAAAAAUCCAGCAGAACUCAAAGACUAUCCUUUGGCUCGGGUGACAUUAUCACGUUUCAAGGAGCUUGCCAAAACGAACCCGGAGUCUUCAAUAAAGUUUAUCAAAGGCACCGAAUACUUUGGUGCUCCAGAUCGUUUCUACCAAAAUCUCACUGAAGGAUACAAGGAAGGCAUAGAUAAUUUCCGGGUGCUUGAAAACUCAGAAUUGCCUCCAGAUGUUAAAAUGGGUACAGAGUACGACACCUUCGUCAUGAAUCUGCCCCAUUACUUGGUUUUUCUUUAUCGGAAAUUACGGUUUCAGUACGAUGUCAAAUUCGUUAAAGCUCGGCUUGGCUCUUUAUCUGAGGCACCAAAAUAUGCUGACUCACCAAACCCCGUUGUCGUAAAUUGCACUGGAAUGGGCUUGAUGUGGGACGGAGGGUAUGACCCUGCAUGUUUUCCAAUCAGAGGCCAGACCCUUUUGGUGAAUCCACCAACAGGUAACAAAUACGAGAACAUUACUGUGACUCAUCAGCUGGCAUCAAAUGAGUGGACGUUUUGCAUUCCGCGCCCUUUGGAUGGAGGAAUGAUUUUGGGUGGCACCAAGCAGCCAUACGAGACGGACGAAGCACCUCGACCAGAAGACACCAAAGCUCUCAUCGAACGAGGAAGCAAAUUGUUCCCAGAGUUGAUGAAAACUGAUGACAAGGGUAGAAAAUAUUUUGAUAUCGUACGUGUGAAUGUGGGUUUCAGACCGGCAAGAGAUGGCGGCAUUAACUUCGCAGUUGAAAGAAGAGGCAAUGUAACUGUUAUCAAUGCUUAUGGCGCUGGCGGAAGUGGUUACGAGUUUUCGUAUGGGGUGGGCCACAAAGUUUACCAACUUCUUGUUAGUUUGAGAAGUAAACUUUAA